AUGAGUCUCUGUUUAGAGAAACAGAAAAUUCGAUGUGGAAUGAUAAGUCGCGUCGCUCGUCACAUCGCUAUCGAUGAGAACAGCGGUAAAAUAGCUGUUGUAAGAAAGUCGAGAUCAUCUGAAACGCACGACUACAUUGAAUUCUACAACAUCUUGAGUAGCUGGUUGGCAGUCCCUGAACUCACUGUGUGCCCUGAAAAUGGAUCAAUUGAGAAUUUGCUAUUUGUGGAGCAUGGAGAAUUAAUGACAGCACACGCAAACGGAUCUGUAUGCUUCAUUGAUCCACAUAAUAACGGAAGAGUCAAAAGAAUCCAAAUCUCUGCAUCGACGAUUUGGGCAGUUUGUAAACAUGAUGCUUCGAAAUCAAGUAUUGCAAUGAUUUCCCAUUCAUCUGUUCUUUAUUUCUUCGAUGUCACCUCGAAAAUGAUUACAUCAUCGAUUUCACUGGGUGUCGAGAGCCGUCUGUUCGAUGUCUCCAGUAAUGGAUCACUUGUCGCGAUCGGAUCUGUGGACGGCAUCAUUCUAGCAGGAGAUGGAAGAGUACAACAAACUCUUAAACUUGAUCGACAAAAUCGUCGUGAUCCAACUAUUGCCUGGUCCGUUCUCUUUGUUAAGCCAAGUCUUCUAGCAUGCGGAGAUUCUCGUGGAACUGUAUCAUUGUGGAAUCCAACUGAUGGCUCAUUAGUUCAGUCUAUUUCCUGUCUCCAAUCUCAUAUUCUAUCUAUGGUUACAAUGGAUGAUGGAACCUUGAAUGUCGCUGGUGUUGAUCCGAGAAUCACAGAACUAAAAGAGACUCCAGGAGGUCAUUUUGAAAUCACUAACAGAAGAAAUGGACCCACUCGAGAUAUUCGUUCAAUGGAUGUCUAUGAGAAUACAGUCUACGCUGCUGGAGAAGAUUUCGAUAUAUUUGUAUGCAAGAAUGGUUGCCGAAAGUUGUUAUUCCAUCAACAGAAGAAUAUUAUCGUCGCUCAGGACAUCAUCACCAGUGCUGGAGAGAAUUAUAUUGAUGUCUUCUGGAAGGAACAAGGAGAAGAUGAACCAACUGAAGGAUCGACUGUUCUUCAACAGCAUUAUGAAAUGAUUCAUCUCGCCAAAAUUUUUACACCAAAGAAGAGAAUUAUUACUUGUUGGUCAAUCUCUCCAUGCGGUCAAUACAUUGUAAUCGGAACAUGCCACGACACAACCAUUUACAAAAUUACACCAACAGCACGUAAAUUGAGCAAGAAAGUCUUGAAAACAGCUACUCUGGAUGUGAUCGCCACUUCAUUCUGCAUCACAAAAAAUAAUAGAUUAUUUGUCGCUCGAAAUGAUUUUGAAAUCGCCGAAUUCGAUUUGACCGAAGAUAAUUGCAAAGAGAUAAAAGUGCUGAUCAGUCAAAAUGAUUGUGGAAGUGUUACUCGAAUGUGUGCAUCACCAUGUGCAGAUCAUCUCGCUGUGCUCACAACUCGUUCUCAAGUCUUCUCUAUCAAUGUGGAAAGCGGAGAUUCCCGUCUGAUGAAAGUGGAUCUUCCAAUCGAUUUGACACUCACUUCAACAUCUGCUUUCAUUCUUUCUACAGUAACGUCAUCAGAUUCAAACCAAGAUACUAAGAAGAUUAUGCAUGAAGUUGGAUUAUCCAAUGGACUCAUUAAAAGAUCCGCUUCAUCCCAUCAACUCCGGAUGCUUCCAAGCAGUCCGAAGUCAUCGAUUCCGGGUCAACCGAUUUAUUUGAUGGGGAUCAAUAACGCGAAGAUUAUGGCAGUUUCAUAUGAUGGACAUUGGUCGAUUCUGGAUAUUGAUGCUGGUACCGUAGUUUCUGCACAAGAUGGCCCGUUGAAAGCGAAUAAGAAAAAGCUUCUUAAUGGUGCUGAUAGUUGCCCAUUGUUGUUCAGUGGAAUUCGAUUGAGAGACGACACGAAUGAGCAAAAUGGAACUGAUCACUCAGGGUCUCCAUCAAAAAGAACGAGAAGAUCUUCCGUCCGAAAUGGCACAGAACCAUUUCAAUCCAUGAAUAGUCGUGUUGUUCAAUUAGAAGUUUCUGGAGAUGAGAUUCCAAAAACAGCUGGUUUCAAGCUGAAGAAGUUUGGAAUGCAGUAA